AUGAGAACAAUUAAAAUAAUGAAUUUAGAGACAAUCAAUAUGAAGAAGAUAAGAUUAUUCCAUUUUCAGGUGUCUAGAAUAGCUAUGGCGAGUAAAACUCAAAAAAGACCUGAUUCAAUGAAAACAAAAAGACAAUUGCAAUAAGAAAAAGAAGAAGAAAGAUUGAAAUAAAAGAUAAUGAGAAAAUCUGCAGGUGAUGUUUGGGUAGAUCCUAACAUGGGAUCAUGGGCUGAAAAUGAUUAUCGUGUAUUUUGUGGAAAUUUAGGUAAUGAAGUUACAGACGAUGUUUUAGCUAAUUCUUUCAAAAAAUAUCCUUCUUUCUGUAAAGCUAGAGUAGUAAGAGACAAAAGAAGUUAGAAAACUAAAGGUUAUGGUUUUGUAAGCUUUCUUGAUCCAUAAGACUUUCUUAAAGCUAUGAAAGAAAUGAAUGGUAAAUAUGUAGGUAACAGACCUGUAAAAUUAAUGAAAAGUGAGUGGGAAAAGAGAUCUUUUAUAGAAAAGAAAGAAGAUGAUUUAGGAAAUAAUUUUUUAAAAAAAGGGAUUAAAAAAGCCCCUAAGAUGCCAACAAAGCAUUGA